AUGCAUUUCCAAUCGCUUCUUGUCCUCCAACUUCUGGCGACGAGUCUAACUGCAGCUAAACCAAUCAAGACCCGGAGUGAAUCGCCAAGUUGUACAGAAGACCCGAACGGGUACUUAACUCCAAGCUGCACGCCCGGCCCUCCCCCAGACCAAACGACGCCAGCCGGACCCGCAUGCUACAAAGGCACACAAUUCCCACCAGCCGAGGAAUGGCUUACAUUCAAUCAACUAUGGGCACUUAACAGCCCGGUCAUGUCCAAGUUCAAUAGCGAGUCUGAGAUGGGCUAUAUCAAGAAAUAUAUUGGAGAAGCUGCUGCAGCGGCAGGAAUUGACAAAGGGAUAUUCCUCACUAUCAUGAUGCAAGAAUCUAGCGGGAACGUCCGCACCGUCGCAGGCGACGGUGUGACGCCAGGCCUCAUGCAAGCCCUGGGAAGCCCCAGCUGUUUAGGGACCUCCUUUGGCGAAUGCCCUGAAUCGAAAAUCCAAGGCAUGUUAUAUGCUGGCGCUUUAGGCACUGGCCAGACCGAGGGCCUCUCUGCCUGCUUCACAAAGAAUCGCCGCCAAUAUGGUGCUAUGCUGCGCUGCUACAACAGCGGCAGUGUAGUUGAUCCGCUCAACUGGGACGUUGUGAAUUACGGAACCCCCAGCUACGUCAGCGACAUUGCCAACCGGCUGAGAGGGGUGGAGCCCCGCAGGGACUGCGGAUUUGGUGGUGGUAUCCCAUCGCCCGGCCAUUGA